AGAAGUAAACGCGGAGAAGUCAACUGUAAACGACCUCAAGGCUAUAGUGUUGAAAAGUUGAGUAACUGAAUUUUCACGUGGUUAAAGAUAUCGAAAUCAACCUGACUGUUUUAUAUAGUAUUUAUCAGUCAUCAUAUUAUGACAAUAGACGAUCCAGACCUUGAGGCUGGGAAGAAUAUCGAUGUCGAUGAACUGCUAGCAUCAUGUAUGUUGUAUUGUUUACGAUUAAUUGCGUAAAUUAAUGAAAAACAGUUACAAUAGAGUUACCGGAUGAACUUACCGAUCCUGAGAAGGCUCUACACAGAGAAAUGUUGUUGCUUAAGCAAAUGAGACGAACACUAAGUGACAUUGACUAUGAAAUUAAAAAAUGCGGGCGGAAAGAAGAAAAGUCAAAAGCAAUGAAACCAAGAGAGAAAGCUAAAGAAGAAGCAAUGAAACUCCUUAAAUCAGGAGCAAUAUCAAUCGAAAACAAAAACGAACGCCAUACAUUUAAGCGUAAACCUAAGGAAAUUGAAGAAGAUGAAACACCUGGACCUAAUGUAAACUCGAAGGUGAAACAGCCACUUUACCGCAAUUUCCUUCCUGGUCCAACGCUCAACCCAGUGCAGUCAAAUGAAAAGAAAUCAGAUGACAUAAUUAAAAUAGAAGUCUCAGAAGCAAAUUGUACUCAAGUUGCUGAACCCCCUACAACUAAAAGAAAACAACAGUUUUGCCUACAACCAGAUGUUAAAAAUUUAGAUACGGAUCAGGUAUCGGACAUUUCAGGUGCAUGCUCAGUCAGUCAGUUACAUUCUCCGAAUAGGCCGAUGCAUCCUACCUUAUACGUUGGAUAUCACAAUAUCAAUGAACCUUUCAUUCAUGAUGUUUUUAAGCCAUAUGGCAAUGUUAUAAAGGUUAAGAUCGGCGAUCCUCCGAAUCAUGCAUAUGUUACAAUGGCUACAAAUCAAAUGGCAGAAAAUGCAUUAAAGUUAGAUCAUCAAAUGGUGAGCAAUCGUCUUCUGCGUGUCUCAUAUGCUCGCAGACCUUUUCAUCCGAAGCCAUUUUCGCCAAUGAAGUAUAAUAUGGGUCGAUCCUUCCGAAAAGCAGCGUCCUUUGAACAUUCUUCAAUUGAAGGAUCUUCACAUAGUCUAUCACGUGAACCUAAUCGGGAUCUGGUCACUUAUGAAGAUUUGUACUCUGAGAAAUGAAAUGUACAGCUACCUUAAAUACAAUUUUCCUGAUAUUAGUGUGUUUAUUCCUCCCUCUGUUUGCAUGCUUAAAUAUUGUGUUAACUAUGUUCUCAUCUUUUCAAUAAACUG